ACUUCAUUCACUUGCAAAUCAGUGUGUGCCCACAAGAGCCAGCUCUCCCGAGCCCGUAACCUUCCCAUCCCGAGAGCUGCAGCUUCCGCCGCUGCAGGAGAACCGCAGAGCGGGGGCGCGGCGCGGUGGCGCGGCGGGAGCAGCCUGGCGGGGCGCAGGGUCUCGGGGCGCAGGAAGGCGAGCCGAGAUAUCCCGAUAGCCAAGCCGAGGGCGUUGUGGAAGAAAGAAGGAAUGAGGCUGAGCACAGUCCAGUGAUCCAAGGCACUCCAAGGAUAGGAGCGCUGCUGCCCAGAGCCUGGACCGCGUCAUCACAAUGAGAACUUACCGGUACUUCUUGCUCCUCUUUUGGGUUGGUCAGCCCUACCCAACUUUCUCAACUCCGUUAUCUAAGAGGACUAGUGGUUUCCCAGCAAAGAAAAGGGCCCUGGAGCUCUCUGGAAACAGCAAGAAUGAGCUGAACCGUUCAAAAAGAAGCUGGAUGUGGAAUCAGUUCUUUCUCCUGGAGGAAUACGCAGGAUCUGGUUAUCAGUAUGUGGGCAAGUUACAUUCAGACCAGGAUAGAGGAGAUGGAUCACUUAAAUAUAUCCUUUCAGGAGAUGGAGCAGGAGAUCUCUUCAUUAUCAAUGAAAACACAGGGGAUAUCCAGGCCACCAGAAGGCUGGACAGGGAAGAAAAACCCGUUUACAUUCUUCGAGCUCAAGCGGUAAACAGAAAGACAGGGAGACCCGUGGAGCCUGAGUCUGAAUUCAUCAUCAAGAUCCACGACAUCAACGACAACGAGCCGAUCUUCACCAAGGAGCUGUACACGGCCACCGUGCCCGAGAUGUCCGAUGUCGGCACAGUUGUUGUGCAAGUCACCGCCACCGAUGCUGAUGAUCCAACGUAUGGGAACAGUGCUAAAGUUGUCUAUAGCAUCCUACAAGGCCAGCCCUAUUUUUCAGUGGAAUCAGAAACAGGUAUCAUCAAGACAGCUUUGCUCAACAUGGAUCGAGAAAACAGGGAGCAGUACCAAGUGGUGAUUCAGGCCAAGGACAUGGGCGGCCAGAUGGGGGGACUAUCGGGGACCACCACAGUAAACAUCACGCUGACGGAUGUCAACGACAAUCCUCCCCGGUUUCCCCAGAGUACAUACCAAUUUCACACCCCUGAAUCUUCUCCACCGGGCACACCGAUCGGCAGAAUCAAAGCCAGUGACGCCGACAUGGGAGAAAACGCAGCGAUUGAGUACAGCAUCACAGAGGGAGAGGGGCUGGACAUGUUUGAUGUCGUCACUGACCAGGAAACUCAGGAAGGCAUCAUAACAGUCAGAAAGCUCUUGGACUUUGAGAAGAAGAAGGUGUACACCCUCAAAGUGGAAGCCUCCAACCCUCACGUUGAACCCCGUUUUCUCUACCUGGGUCCCUUCAAAGAUUCAGCCACGGUGAGGAUUGUGGUGGAAGAUGUGGAUGAGCCCCCCGUCUUCAGCAAAUUGGCCUACAUCCUACAAGUAAGAGAAGAUGCUCAGAUAAACACGACAAUAGGCUCCGUCACAGCCCAGGACCCAGACGCUGCCAGGAAUCCUGUCAAGUAUUCUGUCGAUCGACACACAGACAUGGACAGAAUAUUCAACAUUCAUUCUGGAAAUGGUUCCAUUUUUACAUCCAAACUUCUUGACCGGGAAACACUGCUGUGGCACAACAUUACGGUGAUAGCAACAGAAAUCAAUAACCCAAAGCAGAGCAGCCGCGUGCCUCUCUACAUUAAAGUUCUGGACGUCAAUGACAACGCCCCCGAAUUUGCUGAAUUCUAUGAAACCUUUGUCUGUGAAAAAGCCAAAGCAGAUCAGCUGAUUCAGACCCUGCGAGCCGUCGACAAGGAUGACCCGCACAGCGGCCACCAGUUCUCCUUCUCCUUGGCCCCGGAAGCAGCCAGCGGCUCAAACUUUACUGUGCAAGACAACAAAGACAACACCGCGGGGAUCUUCACUCGGAAAAAUGGCUACAACAGACACGAGAUGAGCACCUACCUCCUGCCUGUGGUCAUCUCAGACAAUGACUACCCGGUCCAAAGCAGCACCGGGACAGUGACUGUCCGGGUUUGUGCAUGUGACCACCACGGGAACAUGCAGUCCUGCCACGCGGAGGCACUCGUCCACCCCACGGGACUGAGCACAGGGGCUCUGAUCGCCAUCCUCCUGUGCAUCGUGACACUGCUAGUGACCGUGGUGUUGUUCGCAGCUCUGAGGCGGCAGCGGAAGAAAGAGCCCUUGAUCAUUUCCAAAGAGGACAUCAGGGACAACAUCGUCAGUUACAACGACGAAGGCGGCGGGGAGGAGGACACCCAGGCCUUCGACAUCGGCACCCUGCGGAACCCCGAAGCCAUCGAGGACAGCAAGCUCCGCAGGGACAUUGUGCCCGAGGCCCUUUUCCUACCCCGACGGACUCCAGCCGCCCGAGAUAACACCGACGUCCGCGAUUUCAUUAACCAAAGGUUGAAGGAGCACGACACGGACCCCACGGCGCCGCCCUACGACUCCUUGGCCACCUACGCCUACGAGGGCACUGGCUCGGUGGCCGAUUCCCUGAGCUCGCUGGAGUCGGUGACCACGGAUGGAGACCAAGACUAUGACUACCUUAGUGACUGGGGCCCUCGCUUCAAGAAGCUCGCGGAUAUGUACGGAGGGGUGGACAGUGACAAGGACUCCUAAUAUGUUGCCUUUUCCAUUUUACAAUAGACACCGAACUCUGAAGUGGCUCUGUCUUUCUAUUUAUCCACGGCUCCGUGAGGGUUCUCUGUUCCGCCUGUUCCUGAAGUCGCUGGCUGCAGUUGUGUGGAUCCAAUGUUAGAGACUUUUUUCUAGUCUACUUUUAUGAGCUUCCAAGAGGCAAAUGUUUAUUUUUUAGUGCAUCCAGUUAACCAUGUCAGCCCAACAGGCACCGUGCUGGAGGACAGGCUGAGAGCAGUGACCGUCCCCCUUGUGCUCCUAGGGCGAGGCUGGACCGUGCUCGGCCCCACUGGCCUG